CAAGCCCUGCAGACUGAGAGGGGCCUGGCUCGCACCACAACUCCCGGCAGCCCCUGCGGCAAAGACGGCGGCGCCGGCGCGGGGCAUGCUGGGAGCUGUAGUUCGGCGGGCGCCGGCUCCCCUGCGCGGCGGAAAGGCCCCGUUGCAGCUCAGGCCGCCUUCCUCCUCCUCCUCCUCCUCUUCCUCGGAGCCGCCAUGGCCCUCUCGCCCGUGGCCGUGCAGGUGCCCGGCAUGCAGAACCACCGAGCAGACCCCGAGGGCCUUUUCACCAAGCUGGAGCGCAUCGGGAAGGGCUCCUUCGGAGAAGUCUUUAAGGGCAUCGAUAACCGGACGCAGCACGUGGUGGCCAUUAAAAUCAUCGACCUGGAAGAAGCCGAGGAUGAAAUUGAGGACAUCCAGCAGGAGAUCACGGUGCUCAGCCAGUGUGACAGUCCUUAUGUCACCAAGUACUACGGCUCCUACUUGAAGGGCACAAAGUUGUGGAUAAUAAUGGAAUAUUUAGGUGGGGGAUCGGCCCUGGAUUUGCUCCGUGCUGGCCCCUUCGAUGAGUUCCAGAUCGCUACGAUGCUGAAGGAGAUCCUGAAAGGGUUGGACUACCUGCAUUCAGAGAAGAAAAUCCACAGAGACAUCAAAGCUGCCAACGUGUUGCUGUCUGAACAAGGAGAUGUGAAGCUUGCGGAUUUUGGGGUUGCUGGACAACUGACCGAUACUCAAAUUAAGAGGAACACCUUCGUAGGGACGCCUUUCUGGAUGGCCCCCGAAGUCAUUCAGCAGUCGGCCUAUGACUCAAAAGCUGAUAUCUGGUCUCUUGGGAUCACCGCCAUCGAACUAGCCAAAGGGGAGCCUCCGAAUUCAGACAUGCACCCGAUGCGGGUGCUCUUCCUCAUCCCUAAAAACAACCCCCCCACCCUCGCCGGAGAAUUCAGCAAACCCUUCAAAGAAUUUAUCGACGCCUGUCUGAACAAGGACCCGACGUUUCGUCCCACGGCCAAGGAGCUGCUGAAGCACAAAUUCAUCCUGAAGAACGCCAAGAAGACCUCCUACCUGACGGAGCUGAUUGACAGGUUCAAGAGAUGGAAAGCAGAAGGACACAGCAGCGACGAAACGGACUCGGACGGCUCGGAUUCCGAGUCGAGCAACAAGGAGAACAAUUCCCACCCCGAGUGGAGUUUCACUACCGUGCGGAAAAAGCCGGACGCCAAGAAAGUGCAGAACGGAACAGACCAAGAUCUCCUGAAAACCUUGGGCUGUUUAAGCCUGAUCAUCAAUCCCGUGUUUGCAGAGCUGAAGCAGCAAGACUCCAACAACGCCAACAAGAGGCAGGCCAUCGAAGAGCUGGAGAAGAGCAUCAGCCUGGCAGAAGCCGCCAGCCCCGGGAUCACCGACAAGAUGGUCAAGAAGCUGAUGGAGAAAUUUCAGAAGUUCUCUGCCAAUGACUCCUGAGGAAGGACCCACCCCCUGGGCCCCCCACCCCCAGGAUGCCGUCCCACCCGGACGCGUCUCCUUGCAGCCCACCAAACCCUUCUCUGGCUCGGCUUCUUUUCCUGAGUUCCUGUGCCUUUCGGGAUCAUCGCAAUAGAUUUUUUUUUUUUUUUGAUGAUGAUCGCGGAUUCGGAUUUAAGGAUUUAACUCCACUCUUUUGUAAAUGGCAUACGUGCUUUCUUUCUUUUCUCUUUUCCUUCCUUCCUUCCUUUCAUUUUUUUUUUUUGUAAAGAGCGACUUUUAAUAUUUUAGUUCCCAACUUCUUUAAUCCAGCUCAAACGAGACAAAAACCGUCUGUGCCGUUUGCUUCUUAGGUGCAGCCGGGGGGCUCUCAAUUGCCAACUGCCCCAGGCGGAUCGGCCUCCUCUACAAAUCUGGAGCCUUUUUUUUUUUUACUUUUAAACUUCACAGAAAACAUCUUUCGGGAGCGUUUGGGUUUCUCUUCUCCUCUGCCUGAGUUGCAGAUCUCCUACAGUCCCCCCAAAGCCAGGCUCGGCACGUAACUUUUAGGCGCGAAGGCUGCACGGAAGCACUUCUCCAUUUGGGCCCCGGCGUCUUUCUUCGGGCCCGUGCUGCCGAGUGUGAGGAACUGGCCACAGCCUCCGCUCGCUUGGAAUUUGGCACAGUGUUUUAUUUGGGGUGGGGGGUGUCACCUCCGCCUGAAAGCAAUACGUCAACGGCUUGGCCAGUUAUCCUGUGUACAGUUUGUAUGUACCCCUUUUGUAGAGCAAGAUAUCCCAGCGGCAACGGGGCAAGGGGUCAGGUGUAAAAGAAACCAAGACGGCAGCCGGGGGCCACGCCUAUGAAGCCCACUCCUCCUCCUCUUCUUUUUUUUUUGUUCGUUUAAAAAAAAACACGCAUUGCACACGAAAGGGGUAGGCUGCAGUGGCAUGGACACAGCCGCCGUUUAGGUUCCCUAGAGGCCCCCCUCCUUCCCUCCUCCCCACGCAAAAGAAACGUUCAUCAUGGUAAGAAAAUUUUAAAGCAAUAUGGUUGAAAGGUUUUUGGGGUGGGGGGAUUGGCAAUAAUGGACCCAAUUCGACCCGAGUUUUUUCUCCCUGGAGUAAAAUUGGAUAGAAAGGAAAAUCUGUGCUGUCAGGUCCGAGCAGUACCUGAAAUUGUGUCACCAGCGUUUUGUGGGGUGUGUAUGUGGGAUUAUUUUUUCCCCCCCGUUGUAAGAUAUUGAUCGACUUACGAAGUCCUUUACGUGUAUCCACAACCCGUUAAUUUCCCCCUCCUUCCCAAAGUGUAUUUUUAAAUAUCUAUUUACCAGUUAAUAAGCAAAUAAUUGAGUUAUAGAUAUUCUUUCACGGAAAAAAGAUAAGUACUGUGCAGUACAGAGGUGAUUUUUCUUUUCUUUUUUUUUCAGAAAAGGUAGAAGAAAUUAUAAACUUGCUUUCGAUUAUAUAUUUAUGGUACUGUUUGAGAUGAGGUUCUCUCUCUUUUGCCUUUUCAACCCAGUUUGUAUAUUAUGCUAUCGAAGUGUGUUGUAUUUCAGUCUUUGGUUGUGGAAGUGUGGGUGUAAAUUUAUUUUUGAUAAAAAGUCUGGAUAUGUUUAAUUUUAUAGUUCAGAUCUGCACAUUUUUUUUUCUUUUUCUUUUUUCGUUUGGUUUUUGCACAGCAUUCAUUUUAAAGGAUUUGAAGUGUAUCAGCCAAAUAUGGAACGGAGUUAAAUAAGAGUGCAAACAACCAGUGA